ACUCUCCUUCAGUCUCAUCUACUUCUAUUUCACCUUUUUGAGGCAAACAAUGGUAUUGUAUGGUAGUUUGCUAUAAAAGGCAACAGUCCCUUUUCUUGCCUUCCCUCUUCUGUUCAGUUCUGUUCUCUAUUCUGGUUUUGAAGCCUCUUUACGUUCUUGAACCACGCGGCAGGCGGCAGCGAGAGGAGAAAUUAAAUGGCGAGGGAGAAGAUAAAAAUAAAGAAGAUAGACAACGUGACGGCGAGGCAGGUGACGUUCUCGAAGAGGAGACGAGGGCUAUUCAAGAAAGCUGAGGAGCUGUCUGUUCUGUGCGAUGCUGAGGUCGCCCUCAUCAUCUUCUCCUCUACCGGCAAGCUCUUUGAGUUCUCCAACUCUAGUAUGAACAGUAUACUUGGAAGGUACAAAUUACAUGCAAAUAAUCUUGAAAAAUUGGAUGACCGUCCCUCUCUCGAGCUACAGCUAGAGAACUGUAACUAUAUGAGACUUAGUAAGGAAGUUGCUGAUAAGACCCAUCAAUUAAGGCAAAUGAGAGGAGAGGAUAUACAGGGGCUUAAUAUGGAGGAACUGCUGCAACUAGAGAAAAAACUUGAAGGAGGACUCAACCGUGUGAUCGAGACAAAGAGCCAGCGAGUUCUGAAUGAGAUCAAUUACCUUCAGAAAAAGGGAGCUCAGUUGAUGGAAGAGAACAAACAAUUGAGGCAUAAACUGGACCAGAUGUCUAAAGGGAAAAAACCAGUUGCAACAGAGUCAGAUACCGUGAUCCAUGAGGAAGGCCAGUCUUCAGAUUCUAUCACCAAUGUUUCCAGCUGCAAUAGUGGCCCUCCUCCUGAGGAUGAUAGUUCUGAUACAUCUCUCAAACUUGGGCUGCCUUUCUCUGCUUGAUUGACAUCAAAGGAAGCAUGAAGAGGUAGUUGUUAUAGUGUUACUUGGCCGCGUUAGCCUAAAUAAUAGCUAGUUUUGUAAUGAGAUAACAAAGCGUGUUAAAACCACCGAAGACCUUGUUUUGGGUCUUCAGAUUUUCUGGCUUGCGGAUAUGUAUGCAUAAUAUCUGUAUAGAAUCCUAACUAGAACAGGUGAUGGUAUGCACUAUGCACUACUAAGCUUUGGUUUGUUUCCUAUGACCGGGUUUGCAGGAGUACCGGCCUGAAGAAAUAAUUAGGUUUUACAGGAUAUGACACUUAUGCCAACUAGUUAGUGUUUGGUUAUAUAUAUGAUAAUUAUUAUUUAUUUUUUAUAAAAA